CACAACAGCAGCGAGCUAGCUAGCUAUGUUAGCCGUUAGUUAGCUUUAGCUGGCGGCUCAGGGGCGGAUUGAAAGCGGGGAGUUCUGCUCGGAUAAAGUGGAUUUUCUUCAUGUUUGGAACUAACAACUGUAACUCUGUAUAAGUAGAGGUGUAGCCUGGCCGGUGUGGCGAAGUUACUCUGACUCGGUGCGCCAUAUUAAGCUAAGCUAAGAUAAAUUAGACAGAGGAUGGAGCUUUGUGGAUUGUGCAGAUCAGACAUUAUAGAAUUAGCUUAGCUUAGCAUAGUCUGCUAGCUUGCUUGCUAACCACUAGCCAGCGUCUGGGGCUCGGCCUCACCCUUCAGAGCGGCCUGUGUGGGAAUAGCUGAGGAGCGGAGCGGAGCAUUCCGCUGGGAUGUAGCCAUAACAUUCCUGCACUGGCGGGGUGGGGUACUGCCUGGCGUUAGAGGUAUAUCUCCCGAUGUUGGAAAAGUACUGAUGAUCCCCAUUUCCCUGCAAGACCAACAUAUUUAAAUGCACAGGGAGGGGAAACAUGAGUACAGGAAAGCCAAGCGGUCUCAAGCCGCCCAGUAAGAUUGGUAAGCCUACUGGUGUACCAACCAAGACCUCCCCUCCCUCAGCUACUCCAAAACCUGUAACAUCACCAGGUACCGGCACCCCCGCUGUUAAUGAGUCAGUGGCCGAAUUCUCAGUAGGUGAGCGCGUGUGGGUGAAUGGAAAUAAGCCAGGCUAUAUUCAGUUCAUUGGCGCGACCCAGUUUGCACCGGGACAGUGGGCAGGCAUCGUUUUGGAUGAGCCCAUCGGGAAGAAUGAUGGCUCGGUGGCUGGAGUGCGGUACUUUCAGUGUGAGGACUUACGAGGUAUCUUCACCCGGCCUUCCAAACUUUCCCGGGCUCCGAUCCCAGAGCGCGAGACCAAUGGUGCGCAGAAUUCGCCUGCCCAGGCGUCCUCUGCUGCCGCCACCGCUCCUGCUGACGGUCAAACCGCCGCUGCUAACAAGACCUCAACCAACCUGUCCAAAGACACCAGUGGUUCUGUUACCAACCUCUCCGAGGCGGACUCGGCUAAGAAGGCGAAACGGGAGCUGAAGCUUGGAGAUCGUGUGCUGAUCGGAGGAACGAAGGCUGGCGUUGUACGCUUCCUUGGAGAGACGGACUUUGCUAAAGGCGAAUGGUGUGGGGUGGAGCUUGAUGAGCCUCUUGGAAAGAACGAUGGCGCAGUGGCUGGUGCAAGAUAUUUCCAGUGUUUGCCAAAGUAUGGCUUGUUCGCGCCUACACACAAAGUGACCCGCAUUGGCUUUCCCUCCACCAGCAAAGUCAAAAGCUCGAGGCGCAGGUCCACCCUUCAGCAGAGCCCCAGUGGAUCCUCUGCCAGCACCCUGAGCUCUGUUGCCUCUUCAGUUGGAGGCAAACCCAGCCGUGCAGGCCUGUUGACAGAGACGUCAAUACGCUACAACCGGAAGAUCUCGGGCACUACGGCUAUGCAGGAGGCUCUGAAAGAGAAGCAGCAGCACAUAGAACAGCUCCUGGCUGAGCGGGAUCUCGAGAGGACUGAAGUGGCCAAAGCUACGAGCCAUGCAGGAGAAGUGCAGCAGGAACUGGCCCUGCUUAGACAAGGCCAGGAGCAGUACGCUCUGGAGAUGGAGGCUAAGUUGGACCAGUUGCGCAGGCUGGUGGAGACUGCAGACAGGGAAAAGGUGGAGUUGUUGAAUCAGCUAGAAGAGGAAAAAAGGAAAGUAGAGGAUCUUCAGUUCCGAGUUGAGGAAGCUUGUAUUACCAAAGGUGAUCUAGAGACGCAGACCAAACUGGAGCAUGCCCACAUUAAGGAGCUCGAACAGAGCCUUCUCUUUGAAAAGACCAAAGCUGAUAAACUCCAGAGGGAGUUAGAGGAUACUAGGGUGGCCACAGUGUCGGAGAGGUCGCGGAUUAUGGAGCUGGAAAAGGAAGUGGCUGAGCUGCAGCUACGCCUGCGAUCUCAGCGAGCAGAAGCUGGAGCAGCCUCUCCUCCAUUGCAGGACAAAAGGGUUAGGGAGCUGAGCACUGAGCUAGAAGCCCGGCAUAAGGAGGUGCUUGUUCUCCAGCAGAGACUCAGCUCCUCUGAUCAGGAGAAUACCUCCCUUCAGCAUCAGCUGAAGGAUUUGAAGCAGAAAGUUGAGACGGCAUCUGAAGAAAGUAAAACCACAGCAUUAUCCAUGCAAGACAUGGAGAAGAGUAUGGGAGCGGAGAGAGAGCGACUGCAGCAGCUAAGCAGUGAGAAGAAGAAGCUGGAGGAGGAGCUGGCCUGCAGGCAGCAGCAGGAGCAGACACUGAAGGAGGAGCACGAGCGACAGAAGAAGGAGCUGCAGGAGAAACUAGGCCAGACGGAGAAACAGAUGAGCAAAGCACAGGAGAGGAACACAGAGCUGGAACGGCAGGUGGCAGAGCUGCAGCUGUUUAAAGAUAAAGCCCAGAAUUCCCAAACUGCAGAAACUCUGGAAUGUCUAAAGCUGAAACAUCAAGAGCUGCAACUCGAGCUUGAAGCCCUGAAGCAGCAGAACUCCAAAUACCAAGAGGAGCUUAGUCUCUCCAAGGAGCAGCUCAGCUCUGAGAACCAGCGCAUUGGAAGCCUCUGCAAAGAAAUUGAGGAGCUGAAGCUCGCAGCCAAUCAGAAGUCACAGAGGCUGGCAGCGCUUCAGGAGGAGAAUGGGAAGUUGGCUCAGGAGCUGGACAGCAGCCGGCAGGACGGCAGCAGGCAGCAGACGCUCGACAGUGAGCGUCUGACUCUCAACAGCCAGCUGGAGAUUAAUGAGAGGGAAAACUCCAAUAUGCCAGUAUCUGAGAAGGACAAAGAACUACAAGCGUUAAGGAAUGAGAUUGCGGUUCUGCGUGGAGAGAAUGCCAUGGCUAAAACGCUGCAGGCGGCGGUGGAGUCUCUGGAGAGGGACAAGCUGCAGCUUCAGGGCAGAGUCCACAGCCUGGAGCUGAAGCUGGAGGGCAGGCCGGCCGAAAACCAAGAAGAGGGUCCUGCAGGUGAUGCAGCUCUAUCCCAGCUCAGAGAGGAGAAGGAGUUCGCUGAAGGACAGAUCAACUUCCUGAACUCGGUCAUUGUGGAUCUGCAGAGGAAAAAUGAGGAGCUGAAGGUGAAGCUGAAGAAAAUGGCUUUGGCUGAGUUUAAUGGGAAUGAAGAGAAUGAUGGUGGUGAGGUAAAGAAAAAGAAGAAGCCCCCUCCUCGUGUUUUCUGUGAUAUCUGUGACUGUUUUGACCUCCACGAUACUGAAGACUGUCCCACCCAGAUGCAGUCUCCGGACUCCCCACCGCACAGCACGUACCACGGCAGCCGGAGCGGCGAACGGCCGUACUGCGACAUCUGCGAGGCGUUCGGCCACUGGACGGACUCCUGCAACGACGACCAAACCUUUUAGACACGCCCCCACCCCCCCCAAGCUCCAUCCAAACCCCCACCCAAACCCCACCCCUUCCUUUGUAGGAAAAAAGGCGAUGCACAAAUAUGCUUUCAACAAGUUAGCUCCUAUUUUUAUAAGCUAUAUUAGUGUUAUAUAUGUUGGUUUAUGCGUUCUCUCUACAUUCCUCUCAGCUGAGGGCAACGUUAAUGCUGCUUCGUAAGAAUUGGAAUUGUCCAGAAGGUGAGAGAUUGGAUCAUGUUUUCAUGUUAAUACUGUUUUGUACAUAGCAUACGUAGCUCAUGGUUGGAUCACGUCGUGCUCUGAUUGGAUUUUUUCGGGGUUGAGAGUUAAGGCCUUUUCACAACGAGUCAUUUUCUUUUUGGACGGAAAAAAUGAAGUUAUUUUCAAUGUAGUGGAAACUUUACACUAAUUCUGAUGCAUGUCUUGCCUUAUGUCCUAACAUAUAAACAGGGUUAGAAACUCCACAGCUCUCAUAAAUGUCCGUUCUUUCUGUUUUUCUGCUCUCUUUAAUUGAUCUUUUUCACACCAGUGCUUAUUAGUAGUAGUGAACGGACAUCAACAUUUUUUUCACCAUUGCAUAACAUUUCAUAGCCUUAAUGUAUUUUUGUCUUUUUUUAUUUUUAUUUUUCUGUCAAAGAAAAUGCUAUCAAAACAACAAUUUAAAAUGUAAAACUGUUUUUUUUUGUAAACCAACAAA